UGGACGUGUUCCUUCUUUUCAGCAUUUUUGUACUUACAUUUUUAUACCAUCGCGAACGCGGAGACUAGCCGACCGCGCAUCUUUAUUUUUCGGAGUAAUCCCUGCAUUCGAAGCAAUCAAGUUACGAGAAAAAGUGACAAAACCUGUGAAAGUGCUUGAAGGACGGUGUGUUUUUUAGAGUGAGAAUCGCCAUUUUUGGGUAAAUCGACAACUUGUACUGCUGUUCUAUAGAUGAAAUGGUUGAAAUGAGUGAGAUAACCUCUAUUCAGCGCCUCUAUGUUCAGUGUUCUUAAAAAGGAGAAAUAACGAAGUAAUUGUGUUUGUGGAACAUCUGUUUACUAAAGUAAUAUUAUUAGUAUUACUUCGUUUCAUUUUCACUGCACUCUGAAAAUUAUAAUACCGCCAUGGCACCCUUCGUAGUGAUUUAUUAAGAAGAUUGAUUUGGACAACGUCUUGUGAAAUCUCGUUUAGACAAGUCUGCUAAUCCAUUUUUGACCAACCACCAUGAGUUCGGGUAGACCAAUCAAGUGUGUCGUUGUGGGUGACGGAACUGUUGGAAAAACGUGCAUGUUGAUAUCGUAUACAACAGACAGUUUUCCAGGGGAAUAUGUUCCUACAGUAUUUGACAAUUAUUCCGCUCCCAUGGUGGUGGACGGAAUUCCUGUGAGUUUGGGACUGUGGGAUACGGCAGGACAAGAAGACUACGACAGAUUGCGCCCCCUGUCUUACCCACAAACUGACGUGUUUUUGAUUUGUUUCUCUGUAACGAGCCCUUCUUCGUUUGAAAAUGUAACUAGCAAAUGGUACCCAGAAAUUAAACACCACUGUCCCGAUGCACCGAUGAUUCUUGUCGGAACAAAGAUUGAUUUGCGAGAUGAUCGCGAAACCCUUACUGCACUCGCCGAACAAGGACUCAGCGCUAUCAAACGUGAGCAGGGACAAAAACUCGCAAAUAAGGUUCGAGCUGUGAAAUACAUGGAGUGCUCUGCCCUCACGCAACGUGGUUUAAAGCAAGUAUUCGACGAAGCAGUUCGUGCCGUCUUAAAACCCGAGCCUCAAAAACGACGCCAGCGAAGGUGCACACUUUUGUAAAUGAAACGAAAGCAGAAAAAUGGUAGUAAUAUAGGUAAAGGUAAAGAGAAAUAGAUAUAGUAUAAGCUUCGUCAUCGAAAUAAUCUCGAAUUUACUCAUCGUUUUACAAGUUUCGAUCGACACGUAAUUUGUAAUAUUUACAAUUUACUACCAACAGCUUUAAUGUCAUUAGCUCAUUUAUCUGCGGAAUCUCUGUGCCGAGUUAUAGUUACUUAGAUUCAAUUUUACAAAACACUUUAUCAUUUGCUUUUUAUGAACGUUGUGCCAUAAGAAGGCUCUAAAUGGCAUUUUCACACAAGAGCACAUCAAAAUAAUAAUAAAAUUUAAAUAUAUCAUUUAUUUUGAAGAGGUCAUGGUCUUUGAAAACAUUGAAUUCAAUUUGCGUAGGAAAUUUGUCAGUACUGAAGCUUUAAAGUCAUUUGGAGUGUCAGUUGAUCGAAUUUUUGUUCGGAAGACAAAGUCACCUUUAAUAACUAUGAAAUAUUAUAUUAAAUAUGUAUAAGAAUAUAAUAUUCAUGCAUUUUAAUUAGAAAUUUAAAGUCGUGCCAUAGUAAAUAAAAAUAAAAUUCGUAAACACUUUUGCACUUCAGUUUUAGAUGAGACGAUGCAUGAUUGCAUACUGAUCAAGUAGAAACGUGUUACGCUCGAAAAAGGCUUUUUACGUUGUAAAUUACAACGUGCAAUUCAUGUACUAAAUGGAAACAGUACUGCCAUAUGAAUAUACAUAGAAAAUGACUGAAGUUGAAACAUAAUUAAGACUUUUAAACACGUUUUAGUAUCCAUUGUAUUUUUAAUCUGUCCUUUUCAUGACAUUUGCGGAAGAAUUCUUUCAGUUAAAAAAAAAGUGUCUUUUAUUUCCAGAAUUUGUACACACUACCAGGCAGGGUUGAUAUUCGCGACUUGAAAAGUAAAGUAGCUGAAAAGUAAGACAAGUGACAAAAA